AUGAGCCCCAUCGCAACCAGCUCAAGCUCAAGCUCAAAUUCGAGCUCAGAUACCGCUCCUAAUGGUAAUGACAGCUCUAACACAUCUGUGGCUACAGACUCAACAGAGGUCAUCAAGCCAGUGAUUGCUAUCAUCGGAGCUGGUGUGUCAGGGCUCAAGGCCGCCCAGGUGCUGCUGGACAAGGGCUACGAGGUGGUGAUAUACGAGGCCCGGGACAGGGCCGGUGGCAGGACAUGUACAAGUGAUCGUCUGGGAAAGGAGGUCGACCUAGGGCCAAACUGGAUCCACGGCACCUCAAACAACCCCAUAGUCCCGCUGUCGCAGCUCUCCGAGUCGCAGCUGCACCAGUACUCGGACAUCUGCCCCAUCUUCACGCCCGGCGGCGACGUCAUGGACCAGGCCGAGGCCGACGAGCUGCAGGACCUGCUGUGGCGCGUGAUUGAGCGGGCCGUCGAGUACUCCAAGGGCUGCUACGCCGCCAUCCCCGCGGACAAGUCGUUCUACGACUACUGCGUCGAGAAGGCGGAGGAGCUGUUUGGGUCGAGCCCCGACACGGUGCGCGAGCAGGAGGGCGCGGGGACUGCGGAGGGCGGCGGGAAGGGCGGCGUCAAGAGGGGUGGCCAUGAGCAUGUGAGGUGGAAGGGGCAGGAGGAGAGGAGGAAGGAGAUUUGGUUGGCGAUGGCGGAGAUGUGGGGGACGUUUAUUGGGAGUAGUGUGAAGAGGCAGAGUCUGAAGUUUUUUUUCUUGGAGGAGCCUUUGGAAGGACCAAAUCUGUUUGUUGCGAGCACUUAUAAGCUCAUGAUUCAGACUUUGUUGAAACCGGUAUUGGACGCCAAUAUCCUCAAGCUCGACACGCCCAUUGACGAGAUCACAACCAUCACAGAGGACGGCCGGAAACGAGUGUUCCUCAGCAGUCUUCGAAAGCCGCAGGAGAACCGUCUGGUGGAUGGAGUGAUCGUUACUACACCUUUAGGCUGCCUGAAGCGUGACAUGAUCAAAUUCCAGCCACCACUUCCCCAGCGGAUAAAAGAUAGCAUAAGCUCCCUAAGCUACGGCAACCUCGAAAAGGUAUACAUCAAGUUCCCGCGCGCCUUCUGGGGCUCCGACGGCCCCGACUUCUUCACCUUCCUCGCCCCCACCUACGCGCCCACCACCAACCCGGGCCACUGGCACAUGUGCUGCUUCUCGCUCGCACACCUGCCCGGCGACUGCGCGCAGCCCACCCUCCUCUUCUACGUCUUCGGCCCCAUCUCCGCACACCUCACGGGGACCCUCCCCCCCGCCACCACCCCCGAGGGCCGCAGCCAAUACCUCUCCUUCUUCGCCCCCUACUUCUCCAAGCUCCCCAACUACACCCCCACCUCCGCCGACUGCACGCCCACCGACCUAGUCGCAACAGAGUGGUCGCGCGACCGCUGGGCCGGCUACGGCAGCUACUCAAACUUCCAGGUCGGCCUCACGGCCGGCGGCGACGACAUCGAGGCGCUGCGCGACGGCGUGCCGGAGCAGCGCCUGUGGUUCGGCGGCGAGCACACCGCCCCGAUCCUGGGGCUGGGGAGUGUCAGCGGCGCGUACUGGUCCGGCGAGGACGCGGCGGAGAAGGUGGGUGCUGCGUUUGGCGCGGUGGUGACGGCGAGGGGCGAUGACGAUGCAAGGAAUGGGUGCAGGAGUGGCGUGCAGAAGAGUGGGCGCACGAAUUGGUAUGGGAAGACGGUGCAUGAUGGGCCUACGGCGGCGGCGGUGGCGGCGGCGGCGGGGCAGUUGGCGGUUUAG